AUGGAGCUCCCUCGCUACAGCCAGCAGCUGCUGCCCCAGCUGUAUGCUCUGUGCAGGGAGCAGCACUUGUGUGACUGCACCAUCUUCAUUGGGAAUGUGCCUUUCAGAGCACACAAGGUGGUCCUGGCAGCUGCCAGCCUGCUGUUUAAAUCCCUCCUGGACAGCACAGACACCAUCGAUGCUUCCGUGGUGACGCCUGAGGAGUUUGCACUCUUCCUGGAGAUGAUGUACAGUGGCAAACUCCCCCUGGGGAAACACAAUUUCACCAAAGUUAUCUCUGUGGCAGACAGUCUGCAGCUGUUUGAUGUGGCUGUUAGUUGCAAAAUCCUCCUCAGGGACCUCAUAAGCUGCUCUACUCAGGACCAGGUAGUGAGAGAAGUCUCCAGUCGAGCAGCACACUCAUCUGGAAACCAGACUGAAGCUAAUAGCCUGCCCCAGUCUGGAAAACCUGAUGAAGGAAAACCAGAUAUUCUCCUCACUCAAAGAGUUUCCUCUUUUCCUGGCCCUGUAGAAGCAGAAAUGGAAGCAGAUGUUUCUCCUUCUGGCCAGGAACUCGCCGUGAGUCACACCUGGCUUCACCAGGAGGUGAUACUGAGUGACUCCAGGUCCCUCCAGGAGGAUUCAGGCCCUGGCCCUGCCCAGCCUGUCCAUGCUGAGCAGAGGCUUGCUGAGCCUCCUGAGGGAAAAGGGCAAUCAAGGGAUUCAGCAGAGAGCAAAAGCUGUACACUGGAUUUCUUUCUUCGAUAUGAAAGUGUUUUCUCUGAUGCCCAGGCUGUGCUGGAAAGACUCGAGGAGAGCAGAGGAGUUGGUGCCCCUCAAAAGGAGGCUCUGGCUGCCUGUCUGGCUGAGGCAGGGGAACAGGCAGUGUUCAAGAAGCUGCUGAGCAAAGUGAAGGAUGCUCAGCCCCAGGAUGCACAGCCUCAGGAUAGUCACAGCCAGGGUGCUCAACCCCUGGACACUCAGACCCUCAAGUCCUUUCUGAAGCUCUUCCAAGACACGAAUCCCAAGCUGAGUGCAGCUUUGCCGGAGUGGGAACAGAGCAGUGGAGAAACCCCACAGCAAACAGAGAGCAGAGCCGAGGCAGAGACGCUGACCGCUCGCUUGCUGGGCUGCAGGGAGGACCUCCAGAGCCUGACACAGCUCAGCCCCAUCCUAGACUUCUUGGAGGCAGCAGCAGAGGGAUUCCUCAGCACCUCGGAGAAGAGGGUGGAUUUGGAUUGCUGUGAAGGCAGCUCUCAGAGGGAAGCCAUGGACAAGCUGCUCAGGAAGGUGGAGGAAGAGAAAACCCUGAGAGUGGAAAGCUUGGUCAGACUUCUGGGGGCUGUGAAAGCCUCAUUCCCUGGGCUCCACCUUCUGCUGGACAACUUGGUGGCAACAGCAGAUGUCUCUGAUGGCAAAGGUCUCUUGACUGAGGGAAGUGAGGAGAAACUCGGGAUCAGGAAGUGGAAGGUGAACAGUGAAUCCCAAGUUGAAGCUCUGGACAAAGAUGAGGACAAGACAGGAGGUGACAGUGCCAAAGAAGCUAAGGAAUCCCAAGACAAAGAUUUCAAGAAGAGUUUUGUUUGCAAAGCCUGUGCUAAGACCUUCCACUUCUGCUGCUGCUUGAAGGUGCACAUGAAAUGCUGUCGAGUGGCCAGAGGAAAGCAGAUCCAGUGUAAGGAGUGCAGUGAGGUCACAUCGACCAAGAAGGAGUUGGAGAAGCAUCAGCUGGAGGUCCAUGGGUUGGUGGAAACGGCCAAGAAGAAGAAGAAGAAGUGUCUCCCUGAGGAGGUGAUUCAGACAGCAGAGCAAGGAGCAGCAGAGCACAUCAUUUCGUUGGAUGAGGCCCAACAAACUGGCUCACAAGUCUUUGUGGCGUUACUUGAAUCCCAAGUGAGCCAAAUUGGCUGUGAGCUGGUGGCAGUGACUAUGGAGGACUUGUUUGGUGACAAAGUCACUCUGAACCGUGAAGAAGCCAAGUGA